UCUAGACUCUCUCUCUCUCUCUCUCUCUCUCUCUCUCUGUGUUUUCAGAAUCAGAAAAUAGGAAAAAAACAGAGCUCGCAAUCUCAUAUCUCUGAUUGUGGAACCAUCGGUUAUAUCUAAGAUAUUGGCAAUUGGAUGAAAUAGGAGAGGCCCAUUUGGAGUUUGAUUGAAGGGAUUAGAGGAAUUGUGAACAAUGGCAUGCAGAGGGUGCUUAGAGUGCGUAUUGAAGCUUCUGAACUUCUUAUUGACUCUUGUGGGUCUGGCCAUGGUGGGCUAUGGGAUCUACUUACUGGUUGAGUAUGAAAGAGCUGCCAGUAACUCCCUUUUGGCCUCACCGGUGAGCGGCGAUGAAAGUCUGAUACAGCUCGGCCGACCCCUGCUCAUGGGUGUUUCCCUGUCAGCUAGUAUUUUUGAUGACCUUCCGAAAGCUUGGUUCAUAUACUUGUUUAUUGGAAUAGGACUGAUUCUCUUCAUCGUCUCUUUUUUUGGUUGUGUCGGAGCUGUAACAGGGAAUGGAUGCUGCUUGACUUGUUACUCGGUAUUGGUGAUCUUGUUGAUUUUGUUAGAGCUGGGAUUUGCGGCCUUCAUAUAUUUUGACAAAAGCUGGGAAUCAGAAAUUCCCACAGACAGCACUGGAGAUUUUGAGGUGAUAUAUGACUUUCUGAAAGAGCACUGGGAAAUUGUAAAAUGGGUUGCUCUUGGAGCUGUUGUUUUGGAGGCACUCCUAUUCUUUCUGGCGCUUGUGGUCAGGGCAGCAAACAGACCAGUAGAGUAUGACAGUGAUGAUGAGCUCAUUAAUGCCCCAAGGCAACAGAUUAGGCAGCCAUUACUUCCACCAGCUGCAGGUGUACCUGUUGCUGGCACCCAUGACCAGCGUCCUGGUAGAAGUGAUGCUUGGAGUGCACGCAUGAGAGAAAAGUAUGGGCUCGAUACGUCCGAGUUUACGUACAACCCAUCGGAGUCGCACAGGCUCCAGCAAGCUGCCACACAGCCAGCAGAAGAAAGGAGCCGUUGCACCAUCAUGUAAUGACUUGAUAAAUUUUGUCGGGUUGGUUUUUGAAGGUAGCUGCCAUGGAUAAUUGUGUCUAAACUUCAAAUUUAUCUGAUGCUGAUCUUUUUCUCUUUGUUGAGUUUGUGUAGAACACAAAUUUUUCAGGAUCUUUUCUUGUUCCCCGACCCCCUUGUGAUUUUAUCCCAAAAACAAAUCUUUUCCUUUGUAGUA